AUGAACUACGAUGGCGUCCUCCCUGUCUCUACCGGUAAGGGUGGCGAACUAGCUCACAAGUUAGAUUUCAUAGUAUCGCAUCUUUGUCUUGAUUUCAUCCCCCAAUUCUUCGACCUCAACCCUAUCAGUAACUUGUCCGUCCUUGUGGACUACGAUCCUUAUCAGACACACGUGAUGUAUUAA